CUUAUUUUCAUUGGUCAAAAUAGAAAUCUCUCCAAGGUCUUGGGUCGCCCUCCCAAAUUAGGUUGUGAUAAUCUGAGACUGUUGAACGGGGAGGUGGGCGCCCCCUGCUGGACAGCGGCCAUCAUGUCGGGAACGGCCACCGUCCUGCAGCAGUUCGUCAGCGGCCUGAAGAGCCGCAGUGAGGAGACUCGGGCCAAAGCCGCCAAGGACCUCCAGCACUACGUCACCACCGAGCUGCGAGAGCUCAGCCAAGAAGAGGCCACCACCUUCUAUGACGAGCUGAACCAUCAUAUCUUUGAGCUGGUGUCCAGCUCCGAUGUCAAUGAGAAGAAAGGAGGCAUCCUUGCCAUUGUGAGCCUGAUUGGAGUCGAAGGAGGAAAUGCCACGCGAAUCAGUCGAUUUGCGAACUACCUCCGCAACCUGCUGCCCUCCAGCGACCCGGUGGUCAUGGAGAUGGCCUCGAAGGCCAUGGGCCACCUGUCGAUGGCCGGGGACACCUUCACUGCGGAGUACGUGGAGUUCGAGGUCAAGAGGGCUCUGGAGUGGCUGGGGGCGGACAGGAACGAGGGGCGACGGCACGCCGCGGUGCUGGUGCUGAGGGAGCUGGCCGUGAGCGCCCCCACUUUCUUCUUCCAGCAAGUGCAGCCCUUCUUCGACAACGUCUUCUACGCGGUGUGGGACUCCAAGCAGGCCAUCCGCGAGGGCGCGGUGUCGGCCCUGAGGGCCUCCCUCAUCCUCACCACGCAGCGCGAGACCAAGGAGAUGCAGAAGCCCCAGUGGUACAAGCAAACCUUCGAGGAAGCCGAGAGGGGCUUCGACGAGAGUCUGGCCAAGGAGAAAGGCAUGAACCGGGACGACCGGAUCCACGGCGCCCUGCUGAUUCUCAAUGAGCUCGUCCGCAUCAGCAGCAUGGAGGGAGAGCGGCUCCGAGAGGAGAUGGAGGAGAUCACGCAGCAGCAGCUGGUCCACGACAAGUACUGCAAGGAGCUGAUGGGCUUCGGCACCAAGCCGCGCCACAUCACCCCCUUCACCAGCUUCCAGUCCGUGCAGCCGCAGCAGUCCAACGCCCUGCUGGGGCUCCUGGGCUACAGCACCACCCAGGGGUACCUCAGUUUCGGGGCCACCCCGGCGCCGGCCAAGAGCACCCUGGUGGAGAGCCGCUACUGCCGGGAGCUGAUGGAGGAGCAUUUCGAGCAGGUGUGCCGGUGGGUGCUGAAGUACCGGACCAGUAAGAACCCUCUGAUUCAGAUGACGAUACUGAACCUGCUGCCUCGCCUGGCUGCCUUCCAGCCUCACACCUUCACAGAUCACUAUUUGCUGGACACCAUGGGCCACCUGCUAGGAUGCCUGAAAAAGGAAAAGGAGCGAACAGCGGCCUUCCAGGCCAUGGGCCUCCUGGUGGUGGCUGUGAGGACUGAGAUCCAGCCCCACCUCGGCAAGAUCCUGGAGAUCAUCAAGGCUGCCCUUCCGCCCAAGGACUUUGCACACAAGAGACAGAAGACCGUGCAGGUGGACGCCACCGUGUUCACCUGCAUCAGCAUGCUGUCUCGCGCCAUGGGGCCCAGCAUCCAGCAGGACAUCAAGGAGCUGCUGGAGCCCAUGCUGGCGGUGGGCCUGAGCCCCGCCCUGACUGCAGUGCUGUACGACCUGAGCCGCCAGAUCCCCCAGCUGAAGAAGGACAUCCAGGACGGGCUCCUGAAGAUGCUCUCCCUGGUCCUCAUGCACAAGCCUCUGCGCCACCCCGGCAUGCCCAAGGGCCUGGCGCACCAGCUGGCGUCGCCCAGCCUCACGAACAUCCCGGAGGCCAGCGACGUGGGCAGCAUCACCCUGGCCCUGCGCACCCUGGGCAGCUUCGAGUUCGAAGGGCACUCGCUGACCCAGUUCGUGAGGCACUGUGCCGACCACUUCCUGAACAGCGAGCACAAGGAGAUCCGCAUGGAGGCCGCGCGCACCUGCUCCCGCCUGCUCACGCCUUCCAUCCACCUGAUCGGCGGCCACGGCCACAUCGUCAGCCAGACGGCCGUGCAGGUGGUGGCCGACGUGCUCAGCAAGCUGCUGGUCGUGGGGAUCACUGACCCCGACCCCGACAUCCGCUACUGCGUGCUGGCCUCCCUGGACGAGCGCUUCGACGCGCACCUGGCCCAGGCGGAGAACCUGCAGGCCCUCUUCGUGGCCCUGAACGACGAGGUCUUCGAGAUCCGGGAGCUGGCCAUCUGCACCAUCGGCCGGCUCUCCAGCAUGAACCCCGCCUUCGUCAUGCCUUUCCUGCGCAAGAUGCUCAUCCAGAUACUGACAGAGCUGGAGCACAGUGGGGUGGGCAGAAACAAGGAGCAGAGCGCCCGCAUGUUGGGUCACCUGGUGUCCAAUGCGCCACGACUCAUACGCCCCUACAUGGAGCCCAUCCUCAAGGCCCUCAUCCUGAAGCUGAAAGACCCCGAUCCCAACCCGGGGGUGGUCAUCAGCGUCCUUGCCACCAUUGGAGAGCUGGCUCAGGUGAACUGCUGCGCGGCUGAGAGAGGGGAGGCAGGCAGGGUUAGGAGAAAGCUAGCCCUACACAGGAGGUGCAGCUCAGGGGAUGCCAGCAUAGGGAGAGUCCAUACCAAGGUCAGCGGUCUGGAGAUGAGGAAGUGGAUGGACGAGCUUUUCCCCAUCAUCAUGGACAUGUUGCAGGACUCCUCCUCCCUCGCCAAGAGACAGGUGGCGCUGUGGACACUAGGGCAGCAGGUGGCUAGCACUGGAUACGUGGUGGAGCCCUAUCGCAAAUACCCCUCGCUGCUGGAGGUGCUACUCAACUUCCUGAAGACCGAGCAAAACCAGGGUAUCAGGAGAGAGGCCAUACGGGUCCUCGGUCUCCUUGGAGCCCUGGAUCCCUACAAGCACAAGGUGAACAUCGGGAUGAUUGAUCAGUCCAGGGACGCCUCGGCGGUCAGCCUCUCCGAAUCCAAGUCUAGCCAGGAUUCCGCCGACUACAGCACCAGCGAGAUGCUCGUCAACAUGGGGAACCUGCCCCUGGACGAGUUCUACCCAGCCGUUGCCAUAGUGACGCUGAUGCGCAUUCUGCGGGACCCGUCCCUGUCCAAUCACCACACCAUGGUCGUGCAGGCCGUCACCUUCAUCUUCAAGUCUCUGGGGCUGAAGUGCGUGCAGUUCCUGCCCCAGGUCAUGCCAACCUUCCUCAACGUCAUCCGCGUCUGUGACGCCAACAUCAGAGAGUUUUUGUUCCAGCAACUGGGAAUGCUGGUGUGCUUUGUGAAAAUACACAUCAGGCCCUACAUGGAUGACAUCUUCACCCUCAUCAGAGAGUACUGGACCCCAAACAACCCCAUGCAGAACACCAUCAUCCUGCUGAUCGAGCAGAUCGUGGUGGCCCUGGGAGGGGAGUUCAAGCUGUAUCUGCCCCAGCUCAUCCCUCACAUGCUGAGGGUCUUCAUGCAUGACAACAGCACGGGCCGCAGCGUCACCAUCAAGUUGCUCAAUGCUAUUCAGCUGUUUGGUGCCAACCUGGAUGAUUACCUCCACCUUCUCCUGCCCCCCAUUGUGAAGCUGUUUGAUGCCCAGGAUGUGCCCCUGCAGGCUCGCAAGGUUGCUCUGGAGACCCUGGACAGGCUGACGGAGUCUCUAGACUUCACGGAUUACGCCUCCAGGAUUAUCCAUCCGAUUGUGCGGACACUGGAUGGAACACCUGAACUACGCAACACCUCCAUGGACACCCUGUCCUCCCUGGUGUUCCAGCUGGGCAAAAAGUACCAAAUCUUCAUUCCCAUGGUGAACAAAGUGAUGUUGAAACACAGAAUCAAUCACCAGCGGUACGACGUUCUCAUCUGUCGUAUAGUCAAGGGCUACACCUUAGCAGAAGAGGAGGAAGAUCCCCUAAUUUUCCAGCACCGGCAGCAGAGGGGCAACCAGGGAGACACAUUGGUCAGCGGGCCUGUGGAAACCGGGCCUAUGAGGAAACUGCAUGUCAGCACGUCUGCCUUGCAGAAGGCAUGGGGGGCUGCCAGGAAGGUGUCCAAGGAUGACUGGCUGGAGUGGCUUCGGCGGCUGAGUGUGGUCCUGCUGAAGGAGUCCUCCUCCCCAGCUCUGCGCUCCUGCUGGUCGCUGGCUCAGACCUACAUCCCUCUGGCCAGGGACCUGUUCAACGCAGCCUUCCUGUCGUGCUGGUCGGAGCUGAGCGAGGACCAGCAGGACGAGCUGAUCCGCAGCAUCGAGCUGGCCCUCACCUCGCAGGACAUCGCCGAGGUCACGCAGACGCUCCUCAACCUGGCCGAGUUCAUGGAGCACAGCGACAAGGGCCCGCUGCCGCUGAGGGACGACAAUGGCAUCGUGCUCCUGGGGGAGAGGGCAGCCAAGUGCCGUGCCUACGCCAAGGCCCUGCACUACAAGGAGCUGGAGUUCCAGAAGGGCCCGUCGCCCCUCAUCCUGGAGUCCCUCAUCAGCAUCAAUAACAAACUGCAGCAGCCAGAGGCAGCGGCCGGGGUGCUGGAGUAUGCCAUGAAGCAUUUUGGAGAGCUGGAGAUCCAGGCCACCUGGUACGAAAAGCUGCACGAGUGGGAGGACGCCCUGGUGGCCUACGACAAGAAGAUCGACAUGAACAAGGAGGACCCCGAGCUGAUGCUGGGGCGGAUGCGCUGCCUGGAGGCCCUGGGGGAGUGGGGUCAGCUGCACCAGCAGUGCUGUGAAGAGUGGACACUGGUCAGCGAGGACACUCAAGCCAAGAUGGCCCGCAUGGCUGCCGCAGCAGCAUGGGGCCUGGGACACUGGGACAGCAUGGAGGAGUACACCUGCAUGAUUCCCAGAGACACACACGAUGGUGCCUUCUACAGGGCAGUGCUGGCUCUGCAUCAGGACCUCUUCUCAUUGGCCCAGCAGUGCAUCGACAAAGCCAGAGACCUGCUGGACGCUGAGCUGACAGCCAUGGCUGGAGAGAGCUAUAGCCGGGCUUAUGGGGCCAUGGUGUCCUGCCAGAUGCUGUCGGAGCUGGAGGAGGUGAUCCAGUACAAGCUGGUGCCAGAGAGAAGGGAGAUCAUUCGGGAGACCUGGUGGGAGAGGCUGCAGGGCUGCCAGAGGAUCGUGGAGGACUGGCAGAGGAUCCUGAUGGUGCGCUCGCUGGUCAUCAACCCCCACGAGGACAUGAGGACCUGGCUCAAAUACGCCAGCCUUUGUGGCAAGAGCGGCCGCCUGGCCCUGGCGCACAAGACCCUGGUUCUUCUGCUUGGAGUGGACCCUUCUAAGCAGCUGGACCACCCCCUGCCCACGGUGCACCCCCACGUCACCUACGCCUACAUGAAGUACAUGUGGAAGAGCGCGCGCAAGAUCGAUGCGUUCCAGCACAUGCAGCACUUCGUGCAGAGCAUGCAGCAGCAGGCCCAGCACGCCAUCGCCGCAGAGGACCAGCAGCACAAGCAGGAGCUGCACAAGCUCAUGGCCAGGUGUUUCCUGAAGCUGGGAGAGUGGCAGCUGAGCCUGCAGGGCAUUAAUGAAAGCACCAUCCCCAAGGUCCUGCAGUACUACAGCCACUCGACCGAGCAUGACCGCAGCUGGUACAAGGCUUGGCACGCCUGGGCCGUGAUGAACUUCGAAGCCGUCCUGCACUACAAGCACCAGAAUCAGGGGAGGGACGACAAGAAGAAACUGCGCCACGCCAGCGGCGCCAGCGCCAACAGCGAGGCCAGUAACAGCGACAGCGAGGCGGACAGCCCCGAGAACAGCCCCGUGCCCUCUCCCGGGCAGAAGAAGGUCAACGAGGACCUGUCCAAGACUUUGCUGCUGUACACUGUCCCUGCUGUCCAGGGUUUCUUCCGCUCCAUCGCUCUGUCUCGCGGUAACAACCUGCAGGACACACUCAGGGUCCUGACCUUGUGGUUUGACUAUGGACACUGGCCUGAGGUGAACGAGGCCCUGGUGGAGGGGAUCAAGACCAUUCAGAUUGACACCUGGCUGCAGGUCAUCCCACAGCUGAUCGCCCGGAUUGACACCCCCCGCGCGCUGGUGGGACGCCUCAUCCAUCAGCUGCUCACGGACAUCGGCCGGUACCACCCGCAGGCUCUGAUUUACCCUCUGACUGUGGCCUCCAAGUCCACCACCACGGCCCGCCACAACGCCGCCAACAAGAUCCUGAAGAACAUGUGCGAGCACUGCAACACGCUGGUGCAGCAGGCCAUAAUGGUAAGCGAGGAGCUGAUCCGCGUGGCCAUCCUCUGGCACGAGAUGUGGCACGAGGGCCUGGAGGAGGCGUCCCGGCUGUAUUUCGGGGAGCGCAACGUCAAGGGCAUGUUUGCCGUGCUGGAGCCCCUGCACGCCAUGAUGGAGAGAGGACCGCAGACCCUGAAGGAGACCUCCUUCAACCAGGCGUACGGACGAGACCUGAUGGAGGCCCAGGACUGGUGCAGGAAGUACAUGCGCUCUGGAAACGUGAAGGACCUGACCCAGGCCUGGGAUCUCUAUUACCAUGUCUUCAGGAGGAUCUCCAAGCAGCUACCUCAGUUGACCUCCUUAGAGCUCCAGUACGUCUCCCCCAAACUGCUCAUGUGCCGGGACCUGGAGCUGGCUGUGCCUGGAACCUAUGACCCCAAUCAGCCGAUCAUACGCAUCCAGUCCAUCGCGCCCUCUCUCCAAGUCAUCACCUCCAAGCAGAGGCCCAGGAAACUGACCAUCAUGGGGAGCAACGGGCACGAGUUCAUGUUCCUGCUGAAGGGCCACGAGGACCUGCGGCAGGACGAGAGAGUGAUGCAGCUCUUCGGACUGGUCAACACCCUGCUGGCCAAUGACCCCGCGUCCCUGCGCAAGAACUUGAGUAUCCAGCGCUACGCAGUGAUUCCUCUGUCCACCAACUCGGGACUGAUUGGCUGGGUCCCGCACUGCGACACGCUGCACGCCCUGAUCAGGGACUACCGGGAGAAGAAGAAGAUUCUGCUCAACAUUGAGCACCGCAUCAUGCUGAGAAUGGCUCCGGACUAUGACCACCUGACGCUCAUGGAGAAGGUGGAGGUGUUUGAGCACGCGGUCAACAACACAGCUGGAGAUGACCUGUCCAAGCUGCUCUGGCUGAAGAGCCCCAGCUCUGAGGUGUGGUUUGACAGACGAACUAACUACACCCGUUCUCUGGCCGUGAUGUCAAUGGUGGGCUACAUCCUGGGACUUGGAGACAGGCAUCCCUCCAACCUGAUGCUGGACAGACUGAGUGGGAAGAUCCUCCACAUCGACUUUGGCGACUGUUUUGAGGUCGCCAUGACCAGAGAGAAAUUCCCGGAGAAAAUUCCUUUCAGGCUGACCAGGAUGCUUACUAAUGCUAUGGAGGUGACGGGCCUGGAUGGGAACUACAGGAUCACGUGUCACACGGUGAUGGAGGUGCUGCGGGAGCACAGGGACAGCGUCAUGGCCGUGCUGGAGGCCUUCGUCUACGACCCCCUGCUCAACUGGAGGCUCAUGGACACGAACACAAAAGGGAAUAAGCGAUCCAGGACGAGGACCGACUCCUACACCGCGGGGCAGUCCGUAGAAGCCCUGGAGGGAAUUGAGCUUGGUGAAACGACACACAAGAAGCCAGGAACCACAGUGCCUGAAUCCAUUCACUCCUUCAUUGGAGAUGGCCUAGUGCAGCCUGAAGCCCUGAACAAAAAAGCUAUUCAAAUCAUCAACAGAGUCAGAGACAAAUUGACCGGUCGGGAUUUCUCCCACGAUGAGACUCUGGACGUCCCAACUCAAGUGGAGCUCCUAAUCAAGCAAGCGACCUCCCACGAGAAUCUGUGCCAGUGCUAUAUUGGAUGGUGUCCAUUUUGGUAGCAGAGCUCCUACAUCUUUUUCUCUCUACACCGUUCACUAACACUUGGCGCCAUGCCGAUCACCACAAAACAGACUCCGCAGUUCCAGACAUGGAGACGUAUAGCAGUGUUAAUGGCACAUUUUGAAAGCCCUGAACGCAAUUUAAACCUAAACUGAACUCAAAUGAGGUUACUGCUGUGGACUUGGAAUGUUGUGAAAUGCCACUUGCGUACUGUUAAAAUGAGUCAAAUAUAAACUAAAUUAAAUUAAAUUUACUCAACAUAAACUUUUGAAUUAAUAUCAGUCUGCUGUAAUGUACUGUAAGUUUUCUUUGGCAAUAAAUAGUAGAUAAAAAAAGA